GGUUCCCCCGUCGGGCGCAGUUGAUGCAAGUUAUAAAGCAGGAGAAAGCACGCCGACCGCGCAGUCUUAUAGUGCGGCGUUUGCGUCCUGUUUCGCGCGCAUUUUGACAAGUGUAAUUAAUUCGGAUACUUUGAGUGCAUAAACAUGAAAAUGAGGUGGAACGUUUUAAUAGCUUUAAUGCUCAUUGGCACAGCCUUAGCGUCCGAAGAAGAUGACAGCAUCCCUGAUGCUGAGGUUGACGACGAAGACGAAGACUCUCCACUAGAUCGAGAGGAAUCCCGCAAUCUUCGACCACGUGCUUACACCCCAGUCGCGUAUCCCAACACGUUACCAAGUGGUUUCCGGCCAACACCCUCACUGGCUGAGCUGGCGGGCUACCAGAGACAGCAGGAGCAGCAGGAGUACGUCAUACCAACAAGACCUCAGCAAAUUUAUAUUGAGGAACAGAGGCAACCAGCCCGAGCACCUCAUAGGAAGCCACAAGAGCAACGCCCAGCGAAAAUCCAACAACAAUCGUCAGAAGAAGAAGAAUUAGAAGAGAAGGAGGAACCCGAUCGCCUUUCCGCUCUGCUCCAACAGUCCAAGUUCGACUGUGUCACCAGAAAAACUGGUUACUAUGCCGACGAAGACCUGAACUGCGAAGUGUUCCACUACUGCCAAGAUAAUGUCAAGCAUUCUUGGAUCUGCCCUGAUGGUUUCACUUUCCAUCAAGUUCACCUCAUCUGCAUGCCUCCGACUCACGACAACAUCUGUCAGAAGUCUUCCAAAUACCACUUCGUGAAUGAAUACCUUUACAAGCCCAUUAAUGAGGAGGAGGUUCAAAGGAAACCUAACGCACCACUCAAGUACUCCGAGAGAUAUUAUCCAUCAGAGGUCUACACUGAUGACCGAUAUGAAAGAGAGGACGAGGAAGAGGAAGCAGACCCUCGCAGACAACAAGCUGCCCAGAUACAAGAAAGGCCUUCACAGCGACAACAAUACCAACCGCAAGUCUUCAGAUCAGCUGAAGAAGUGAAUAUACCUCUUAUCCAAAGGCGUCCUCAACCUCGUCCUUACGAUUUUGAACCAUAAGAAUAAAUAGGAACAUUCUAUUUGCCAGAUGUUUCCAAAUUUAGAAGUAACAAUAAUAUUAUAAAUGUGGUUCUAAGUUAUUUGAUUGGUAUCAAUCAAUGAAACAAACAAUACUUUAAACCUAAUAUGCUCUCGGUGCUACAUCUCCCAUAAUUUGUUGAUACUUUUUAUUGUGUAAUACUUGGUAUAGUUUAAGUUUAAAUAAACUUAUUUAUGACACUGUACAAUAAAGUAUUUUUGUAAUGAUAUUUGUAAUUUACAAAUUAGUUAUAAGCUAGUCUGCUAGUGCUAAGAAAAUAAAAAUAAAUUAAAA